GGAUCAUGGACCCGACAACAAGUUGCAAAGUGGGCUGGUUUGGUGUCUCCGUGGGCUCAUCAUCUUGAUCUCGGCCCAAUACUCGUUUGUACCCUUCCUGCUUUCAAAUAUUCCCGCCAAAGCUAACAGAAAUUAGAGACUGUAGAUUGUAGAACAUUCCGUCCUCCUCUCACAGCUUUCCUCACGCUUCCGCAUCUCUCGCUCCCCGCACAUUCCCCGACGCCACGCUCCUUCACGCGCCUCCUCCAGGUAACCGCCUGGCUUCGCGUAUAAAUACCAGGCUCACAGCGAUCGUCCCCUCCAGUCGCUCACUCGCCAUUUCUCUGCAAUUCCUUCAUUCUCUCUUCAUACUUUCCCUCUUCUGUUUAGCUCCAUACUCCCUCCCAUGGCGACUUCUCGCUCAAUCGCUGCCGCUCUUGCGAUCCUGAUCCUCUCGUUCUACCCGUUGCGAGCUGCUUCCGCCGUCGGCUUCGACCAGUCGACGAUCUCCCCGUCGAUUUCCGCCACCGCCGCAGCGUCCUCGACUCUGUUCCAGCCGUUUCCGCCGAUCCAGUCCCCGUUCCCGUCGUCGGCUCAGUCGCCGCCGAUCCCACAGCUUCAGCAGCAGCUGCAGCAGCAGCAGACGGCCGUCUCUGGUCGCGAUUCCGGAGGCGAUGAGUCCUUCAUCCACACCGCUCUCCUGGCUCCGAUCCUCGCUCACCUCGGCUACAACGAGCUGGCCAUGGCUGUCCCGACUCUCUCCUCCGAGUCCACCGCAACCGCGUGGUCGGGGCCUUCGACUCUGUUCGCUCCCUCCGACGCCUCUCUCCACUCCUGCUACUCCUGCUCCGUCCCCAGCCUCCUCCGCGAGCACAUCGUCCCGGGCCUCUUCACCAUGGAUUACCUCCGCAAGCUCGCCUUCGGCACCAAGGUCGAGACGCUCGCUCCCGGCAAGUGCAUCACCGUCACCUCGAGCUCCGUCAAGAAUUCCACCGCCGAUCCCCCCUCCGCCGCCAAGAUCUUCAUCGGCGGCGUCGAGGUCACUCGUCCAGAUCUGUUCAACAACGGAUUCCUCGUGAUUCACGGAAUCCAAGGCUACAUCGCGCCUCUCUCGCCGUUCUCCUGCGACGUCGAGCGUCUCAACUCGCUCACGUUCCCGUUCCAGCAGCCGGAUCGCGUCCCCGUUGACGGCCUCUCGCCGCCGCUCGUCCAGCCCGCGGUCAUGCGAUUGAUGAUGAGAGACGCGAUUCUCCGCCUCCGCAACAACGGAUUCAGCAUCCUUGCUCUGGCGAUGCGAGUGAAGUACGCCGAGCUGGUUGCGCUCAGCAACAUGACGAUCUUCGCGCUCGACGAUUUCUCGAUCUUCUCCGGAUCGUACUCCUACAUCAGCAGCGUGAGGUUCCACAUCGUUCCGAACCAGCUGUUGACCAUCGCUGACCUGGAGCGGCUCUCCGUCGGAUGUACUCUGCCGACUCUGGAGAGCGGCCAGUCUCUGGUGGUAACCACCGCCGCCGCGACCGCCGCUUCUUCUUCCGGUGGUGGUGGUGCGACUCAGCAGGCAGCGCCGAUGAGGAUCAACUACGUCAGGAUCAAGAUGCCGGACGUGAUGCGGAACUUGAAGAUCGCUGUGCACGGGAUCUACCUUCCGUUCCCGAGGAUUCACCCGUCCACUACUCAAGCCGCCGGCACCGCUCAGAGCUUCGACCAGGGAAUGUUUGGAUCAUCAGGCGCGGGGGACUCUGCUGCUGCAUCCUCCGCCUGUGCUGCUCUGUCGGAGGAGGACGGAAGCUGCGCUAUGGUGCCUGUCCCGCCGGUGAAGGCGACGCUCGAGGUGGAAGACAAUCACUACGGCCUCUGAAUUGAGCCUUAGGUGAACGAUUCGUUUGCCUGUCUAUCAUCAAUUUUGUGAUUCUGAUUUCAAUUUUCCUGUUCGUUCAGUUUUUUUCUCUGUAAUUCGGCUGUGGAAUGUUCAAUUGGGAAUCGGGAGGAGCAGCGAGUUUCGGUAUCCAUUUUAACUCAGCUGCUGCUUCCUGGUGAGUUAGCCGUACGAGUUCUGUACGUAGGCCAGCCGCAGGGGACGACGACACGUGUGGGCAAACUAUCUUUUGUCAGCCCCUCUUUGAAUUGAAUAAAAGUUCCUCUUCUUUCUGCUCUCAUUUUCUGUUUGCUUGCAAGUUCAUACUAUCUGUUUCUUGCCAAGGUGUUUCGAUGGCGAAACUCGCGUGUUCAAUGCGCUCUGAUUUCAAGGAAACAAAAAAACCCAAAGUCAGCAGAAUCGUCAAAUAUCCGCCGCCGAUAUCGGCGUCGUUGAUUUGAUCGAUUAAAGCAGAAACCAAGACGAUCGUCAAAUAUCCGCCGCCGAUAUCGGCGUCGUUGAUUUGAUCGAUGCACCUUUGACCUCUAGUCAAACAACCGUUACUCGGUUCACCACCUCUCCAAACUACGUUCGAACGAGGGUGUUCACGAGAAACGAGAAACCAAACCGGGAGUGUUCUAAGUUACGUUACCUCUACUCCUAUGGAGGUUCCUCUGGAGAGCUCCGCAACUACGACUACGACUACUACGACUCUGCAAAGGAGGUCUUUGACAGAGAGGUUCUACAAACUAGAGAGAAAAAGAUAAAUCUGCGUAGAUGCAGUUUGUGAUUUGAGUUUGCCCUCCUGAGCUUCUCUCUCUUCCCAAUCUUUAUACUUCGCGCUUCUCCCCGUCGUAGUAACUGCCUUCGCGCCUUUGUCUCCCACGUCUUCACUCCUGUCAACCGUGCAGGUAACUUCCUCCUUGUUGCGUGAUAGUCACGUGCCCUUGAAACCGCUCUUGCCUUGCAGAAACUUGGCAAAACGACCUACAUCCUUGUCCAGGUAACGAUGCCGUUUCACCAAUACCACGGCAUCGCCCUUACCCAACCAAUGCCGUUUCAUAAUCCAACUCAACUGCUCCGACCCGGUUUAACCAACGACAUUGUUAGUCUACCGCGAUGUCGUUUUGCUUCUCCGCGGCAUCGCUUUCAUUAAACGACACCGUCUAAAAUACUCAUAAAAUACUGAUUAAUUAAACCAGCCCUUAUUGUUAACUCGCCGUCGAACUUUCACCCCUCGGCGUCGUUCUUAAUUAAACGACAUCGUUUCCUUGUCCCGCGAUGUCGUUGAACUUUUGAGCUUCGCGACGCUGUUUUAAUUUUAACACUGUCGUUUUACCUGUUGCGGCAUCGUUUGGCCUACUCGCGGUUUUGUUUUAUAAUCCGCGAUGUCGCUUCUUUCCUCUUGCGGCAUCGUUUCCAACUAAACGACAUCGUCCUAAAAAAAAUAAUUAACCAUAUUAGUUAAUUAAUCCGGCCAAUAACUAGUCAAACCGACGACAUCAUUAGCACCCAAAACGGCUCCGUUUGCCUUUCCCUUCGCGACAUUGUUUUUAAUUUAAACACUGUCGUUUGCUAAUCCGCGGUACCGUUGAGCUUACUCGCGGUACCGUUUUGAAUUAAACGACACCGCCGAUAUAGCCAAAACAUACUAAUCCAUGGAACCGCCGCAGUCGGCGCUGGGCCGGGUGAAUUUUGGUCACUUGCCCGAUAUGAUUUUUUAAUUAAUCGGUACCGCUUACCAGGCUCUCGCGGCACCGUUUUUAAAUCCGCGGUACCGCUUUAGCUCUCCGCGAUACCGCUUAUCUCCAUGCGGUACCGAUUUUCCCCUUCCAACAAGGAAUCAAAAUAAUAAUUAAAUAAUCAAAACUCCUCCUCCAACCUUCAUUAAACGCGCGGCCCUUUUUUUAUUCUCGGUGUCCGGUGUCGUUUCCAAUGCCGCGGUACCGCUGAGCUCCCUUGCGGUACCGAUUUUCCUCUUCCGACAAGGAAUAAGUAAUAAUUAAUUAUAAAACUCCCUUCUCCAACCCAACUACACGCGCGACCCCUUUUGUUUUUCAUUAAGCGGUGUCGUUUCCCAUAACGCGGUACCGCCGAGCUCCCUUGCGGUACCGUUUUAAUGUUUCGCGGUAUCGUUUUAACUCUCCGCGGCGCCGCUCAACUCCAAACGACACCGUUUUUUACCCACGGCAUCGAAUUAAAUGCCGAGACUAAUU